GACAUGCGUAGAAAUAGUAGCGAUGAGGGUAGUUGAAAAUUUCAGCAGCUUCCUUUAGGUUGACGCCAUUGUGAUUUAUUGGAAUCUUUCAAAUUUUAUGUGUACAAGUUUGCAUUUUGAUCGAUUUUAAUAUAUAAACAGGGACAUUACGGAUGACAGUGACUGUGCCGAUUUUAAAGUAGCCUACAUUAAAUAAAAUUACGAAUAUGGCCGACGAGGUACCAGAUAAUCACGAUGUUAUCCCCGACGUAUCUCUCAAUACCCCGCAAGUCCCUCCGAUACACAUGGAAACGUCGGAGGACAUUUCUCCCGAAAUACCACCGGAAGCUGAAACAGUAAAAAGUCCUCCGGAACAGUUAGAUCCUCCACAACAAACAUCGGAAGUUGGUGAACAAGAAAGUAAUAUAGUCGAUAGUGCUGCCGUGGUGGCGGCGGCCGCGGCCGCCGCCGCCGCAGCGGCAGCGGUUGAGGAACAAUCGAAUCCAGUUGAACCGGAACCGCCUAAAGAGGUGGAACCACCGAAACCGCCGCCUAAAAUGAUAAAUAUCCAUAUAAAAACACCCCAAGAAAAAGAAACUUUCAACGUAGACGAAAACGCCGGAGUUAAAGAUCUAAAAGCUUUGAUAGCUCCGAAAUUCAACGCCGAACCAGAUCAACUGUGUCUGAUUUUCGCCGGGAAAAUUAUGCAAGACGAAGAUAAUUUACUCCAACAUAAUAUCAAAGAAGGAUUAACCGUUCAUCUAGUUAUCAGAGCUGCGCCGAGACUAUCCGAAACCGCAGCCAAUAGACGACCGGCUGAUAUAGCAGCCACCCCUUUCCAACUAGGUAGUUUGGGCGGCUUGGCCGGUCUUGGACAAUUGGGUUUGGGGGCGAAUACUUUCAUGGAACUGCAAAACCAAAUGCAGAGCGAAUUAUUGUCGAAUCCUAAUAUGUUGAGGAAUCUUUUGGAUAAUCCGUUGGUGAAUCAAUUGAUGAGUAAUCCGGAUGUUAUGAGGACUUUAUUGAUGAGGAAUCCGCAGAUGCAGGACUUAAUUCAAAGGUAUCCGGAAAUAAAUCAAACUCUCAAUAAUCCCGAGCUGUUACGACAAACGGCCGAAUUAGCACGAAAUCCUUCGAUGCUACAAGAAUUAAUGAGAAGUCACGAACGCGCCAUGGGUUUAGAACCAUCGUCUCCCCCUCCCCUAACUAACCCUAUCCCGAAUUUAUUCUCGAAUAUACAAGAAUCCAUGUUGCCGUCAUUGGCCGCUCAAUUUCAAGCGAGCGCCCAAACAAAUCCAGGUCGCGGCGUUUUGAACCCACCGCCUCUGGCCAGUCUACUCCAACAGAUGUCCGAAAAUCCGAGUUUGAUACAAAAUAUGCUUCAAGCACCUUACACCCAAUCGGUGUUGGAAGCCCUCAACGCCGAUCCGAAUAUAGCGAAUACUCUCCUAGCUCAGAAUCCCCUGAUCUCCGAUAACCCCGCGCUCCAAGAACAAAUGAGGAACAUGAUGCCGCAGUUGGUGCAACAAUUACAAAACCCCGAAGUUCAUAAUCUCAUGACGAAUUCCCAAGCGUUAGACGCCAUCCUCCAAAUCCAACAGGGGAUGGAAAAUUUAAGACAAGUUGCUCCCAAUUUGAUCCAUACUUUCCCGCCCCCAGCCCCUCAACCCCUAAAUACAAACAAUCAAACGGAAACUGCACCGAGUAACCCACCGCCCGGUACUCCGAGAGACGCUUUUUCGGAAUUUAUGAGUAGAAUGGUGUCCAAUAUGGCGGCUAAUACCGAUAACAGUAUGCCGCCUGAACAGAGGUACCAAGCGCAAUUGGAACAGUUGGCGGCAAUGGGAUUCGUUAAUAGAGAAAUUAAUCUGCAGGCGUUGAUUUCGACGUUCGGAGACGUAAAUGCCGCCGUCGAGAAAUUAUUGUCGCAAGGGCAGUUGUCUUCGAUGAGCUAGACUAUUAUUAAUCUAGGAUUAAAUAUAUUGACAAUAUAAUUCGUGAUUUGGCGUUUAAAAUGUGUUAUUUCACUUAAAUUAUUAUUAAUAAAUCUUUAAAACAUUCGAAA